GGGGAACCAGCGGGUAUUUAAAGGCUGCCCCUGCCCAGGCCCAUUCAGUCCGGCCAGGACGGCGACGGUGAAGCACCUGGGUUGAGAGGGAGGAGCAAGGUAACAGGCGACCCCUGCCUCUCCCAUCCCCAGCCCACGCCUCGGCUGAGGCGGGUGUGUGUGGGACCCGGGAGUGGCCCUCACAGUUCAUCGCCCACCAACACCUUCCUCCCCCACCAUCCUUACCCUAUCCAAACGACCUGGGCGAGCCAACCCAGGUGCGAAAGACAGUGAUUCUGAAGGAAGAGCUAGUAAGUGGAGAAGAAAGAGGGUGAUCCUCCUCGAGAAGAGGGAAGGCGAGCUCACAGGCAGGAGCACGUGGCACUCAGGGACCCCCCCAACCGAGGAGGCUCUUCUGAUUGACCCAUCGGAUCCCUGAACCAUGACCCAGACGGUCAACGAAAGGGAGGAUCCCCUCAAUCUGGGCGGCGGCGGCUGGGCAUCCUCCAUCCCACUGCGAACCUGGUCCUCCUACCAUCGACGGCAGAGGGGCUCUCAAAUGUCCAAGAGGCGAUACCGCGACGGCCCCAAAGCUGAGUACGAGGCUUCCAGGAAACAACCCAAGCAACAGCACAGCCCUGGCCCUUGGUUCCAACCACCCAGACGGCCCUAUUGGGCCGUGUACUCCAACUGGGGGCGCUGCGGAGGGCCCUGGCGCCCACCCCUGAUGGCAUUCCAGAGCCCUCUGUGCCCAGCGCAGAUGAUCCGGGCCUACGGUCUGCACCCGCUCUGCCUUUGCUGCUGCUCCUGCUGGAGCGGGCCCUGGAACCCCUGUUGGGAGAGACCCCCGGGCAGAAAGAAGCGCUGGGGCCGCAGGGGCCGUGGCCUGCGCCGCCACCCUCGUCGCUCCUUCCCGAGGAACCCACCGAUAGACCUGAGCAAGCUGCUGCGGCCGGUCAACCUUUACGGGUGGCGGGCGCCCGGGAUGCGAGCGCCCCGGAACACCACCCAGUUCAUCAUGAACCAGGUCUACGAAGACAUGAGGCAGCAAGAGAAGCUGGAGCGCCAGCAAGCAGCUUUGAGGGCACAGCAAGCCCAGGCCUCCUCGGGAGGCUCCACUGCCAAGGAGGCGCCCCACAACGGCGUCGAGGAAGACUCGGAGUUGCCGGAAGAUCUGUAUGGCUUCAUGGAGGAUUCCUCUCUAAACUUCAGUCCUGCUCCAGUGCAGCAAAUUCAGUCUCCCACCCCACAGCGGGUAGAGGAGGAAGAGAAAAAUGAUGAUGAUGAUGAUGGUGAUGAUGAUGGUGGUGGUGAUGGUGAUGAUGAUGAUGAUGAGUGUGAUGACGAGGUUUGUGAUGGAAAGGAGGAGAGCGAGGAAGAGGAGGAGGACGAGGAGGAUAGAGCCACAGAGGAUGAAGAUGUGGAUGAGGAGGAGGUCGAGGAGGCUGACAAUGGGCGAGAAGGAGAAGAGGACCAAGAAGAGGACAUGUUGGAAGAGGAGGGGCUGGAGGAGGGAGAGCAGAGAGAGGAAGACAAAUUCUUGCCUCUGGGAAUGCCUUUGUCAAUCCUAGUAGGGGACGAAGAGGACAGAGAGAACUUUAUAAACUAUGAUUAUUUAAGCCAAGAACAAAUAAUUCCCAAUGUGCCAGAGGCAGAUCUGUUUAUGGUACCGGACAUUAGCCAUUAGCCAUCAGGAAGGGAACUGAGAAACGAAAUGGAACUGAUUUGAGGCUAAUAUGGAUUAACAACUUAUUAAAUAACAAAUUCAAAAUGCUAUGGAUCUUCCUCAGAGGAACAUGAAGUUGCUUCUGUGGAACUGGUUAUCUGCCAUGGCCUCAACAAUCCAUAAUCCAUGCAUGGAGAGGAUUCCCCAUGGUCAGAAGUCAACUUGCACAUCUAGUUAAGAUCCAAGGUAACUGCAAACAAGGGCACAUGGCUUAGGAUUCGAAGCCUUGAUCAUGCAUAUAUACGUUGUAUACGUUCAGAGGCAAUAGAAACAUAGUUUUGCAGAAUGGAUUAAAGAAAUGAUUGUUGACUUUUGCGGGGGUGGAAUAUCUAA